CUGGCGAUGUCGACGUGCCUGCGCUGGCGACACAUAGGCCCUCAACUCCGCCCAUGCACAGCCCAAUCUCCAUGGACUCGAAGACGGACAAGUUUUUCCGACGCUCAAAACGCAAGACGACACGCCGCUACCUUUCCAAGUUCAAGCGCGCGUGCAUACGGCACACAUGGCUGCUCCCCCUCGUCCUCGCCGCCACGACCAUCCUGCUGUACCUCGUCUAUCCCUACCCCUCGAAUCCCUUUUCGGCCUGUCUCUUCCUCUCGUAUCCCCUCGCACGCGACGACCCCCUCAUCCCCGCCCACGUGCGGGCCGACCCCAACGCGCCGCUGCACUAUGGAAAAGGUGGACGGGACUUUGCCUUUGUGGGCUUCUACACCAUUGUGCUGAGCUUCACGCGAGAAUACUGCAUGCAACGGCUGAUUCGCCCCAUUGCUAUACACUUUGGCAUCAAAAACCGCUACAAGCAGUCCCGCUUCAUGGAGCAAGCGUACACGGCCCUCUACUUUGGCAUCUACGGCCCCUUUGGCGUAUGGAUCAUGUCGCGCACGCCCGUGUGGUACUUCAACACGAUUGGCAUGUACCAAGGCUUCCCCCACCGGACGCACGAGGCGGUUGUCAAGGCAUACUAUCUUCUCCAGGCCAGCUACUGGGCGCAGCAGGCCAUUGUGCUGAUGCUGAUGCUGGAAAAGCCGAGGAAAGACUUCAAGGAGCUGGUGGCGCAUCACAUCAUUACCGUCAGCCUGAUCUGGUUGAGCUACCGGUUUCACUUUACAUACAUGGGCAUUGCCGUGUACAUCACACACGACAUCUCGGAUUUCUUCUUGGCCACGUCCAAGUGCCUCAACUACAUCGACUCUCCCAUUGUGGCACCGUACUUCUUCCUCUUCAUGGUCAUCUGGGCGUAUCUGCGUCACUAUGUCAACCUCAAGAUUAUUUGGUCCAUUCUCACGACUUUCAAGACGGUGGGGCCGUUUGAGCUGAACUGGGACACGCAGCAGUACAAGUGCUGGAUCAGUCAAUACAUCACAUUCGCCCUCCUUGCGUCGCUGCAGGCGGUCAACCUCUUCUGGUGGUUCUUCGUGUGCAGGAUUGCGUAUCGCUUUGUGGUAUACAAGGAUGCAGACGAUGAUCGCAGCGAAUACGAUCCCACCGACGACGAGGUCAACGAGCACGAAGCAUUGCUGAACGAAGAGGUAAACGUCCAAGUGAAGAAGACUGAGAAGACGGACAAGGUGGACAAGGUGGAGAAGGCUGAAAAGACUGAAAAGACUGAAAAGAUGGAGAAGAUGGAGAAGAUUGACACGACACCAGCCACGCCGGCGAGUGGAGCUGCGGUGGUGGACGAGGACAGUAUUGGAUCAAGAGUGAAGCAGCGCAAAAGCGCAAAACAACAAUGAUGGGGCGGGGAAUGAUGGACUGGCUCCCAUGACGGAGGACGACUUUUUCAGAAGGGAUUGUUGGAGGCUGAAGGGAUGCAGGUACAGGGAUCUAAGAGUAAGAGUAAUGCGACGUGGGCAAAGAAGAGCCUGACGAGGUUAGUUGGAUUUUAA